ACCUAUAAAUAACUGGUCACUAAUACCUGUUCAUCCAGUCUUCACCAUGAACACCUUCCUGUCUCUCGUCAUCCUGAGUGUGAGUCUGCCCUCCUUGCUGGCGACUCUAGACUACCGUGCGCUGUGGCAGUUCAGGUCUAUGAUCCUCUGUACCAUCCCUCAGAGCUGGCCGGCACUGGAUUAUGCAGACUACGGAUGCUACUGUGGAAAGGGAGGCUCAGGCACCCCGGUGGAUGAACUGGACAGGUGCUGUGAGGUGCAUGAUGGGUGUUAUUCUGACUCAUGGCAACAUGAAGACUGCUGGGGUAUCUUAGACAACCCCUACACUGAAGUCUAUUCAUUCUCAUGUGACAAAGCGGCAAAACAAAUCACCUGCAAUGCUGACAAGAAUCGGCCCUGUGAGAUGUUCAUCUGUGAAUGUGACAGAAAAGCAGCCGAAUGUUUUGCACAAGCGGGUUACAACCCAGAACACGAGCACUAUCCUAGUGAAAACUGCAAAUGAACUCAAACUCAAUAAAGGUUUCAAACUGUCCCUAAAGUCUCAUUAAAGACAGCAAUCUGAUAUCA